AUGCUCCAAAGAGACCUUGGAGGUAGACUACCGCAUUUUUUUGCAGUCAUCCUUGGAGCGAACGCCUGGAGCUGCAACGAUGCGGGGGCGACCACGGUGCUUGCGCAGGUCAAACUCGGCAAGGUAGAUCAGUUGGCCGUUUGCAACGAUGGCAGCGAAGCCUCCUACUACUUGGAGGUGAAGACCUCAAGCAGAGACUGGCUCGUCUAUUUGGCUGGCGGCGGCUGGUGCCACGACCUUGAAAGCUGCGCUGCUCGCGAGGCAGGGACUGCCUUCCCUCACCAGAGCUGCAACACCUCCACGCUGAGCUCCCCUUGCUUCAUGUCGAACAAGGACUUCCCGGAAACUUGUGGGAAGACUGGCGUAUUUGAUCGCAGCGGCUCGCCACUGCAGCAGGCCAGUAAGGUCUAUGUCCCGUACUGCACGUCGGAUGCAUACAUGGGUGAUGGAGCUUUCGGCCCUUGGCAAUUCCGCGGUGCACGUGUUGUUCGUGCUGUUCUGAAGGACCUUCGCAACAGAGGUCUUCGUCCAGGCAGCAGGCUGAUCUUCGGAGGAGGAUCGGCAGGUUCCAGAGGUGCGAUGGUGCUUCUAGAUGAAGUCACGCACAUGCUUCCUGGGAUUCAAGUACAUGGAUUUCUGGAUUCUCCGUACUGGGUAGACAUCCCAUCGUUUGCUGCCAAUUUCUCAGGAUUCCAGCAUCAGACCCGUGAUGUGCUGACCAAUUUCAAUGCCUGGUCAGUUGUCUCGCAGCCAUGCCAUGCACAGUUCAGGUCAGAAGAGGCGUGGAAAUGCUUGUUCGGGCAGUACCGCAUGGCCUUCGUGAGGACCCCGUACCUGUUGGUCGCCUCCCAAUUUGAUUCGUGGCAGCUCUCACACCUCGUUCACGGCUACAGCGGGAUCCAAGAUCAGCCUACCUUCACGCCGACCGAAAUCGCCUACACGGAGAAGUUUGCGGCUCAGACUCGAUCUGGGCUUGACGAGCUGGCAAAAGCCAUGCCACAUGCCUCGUUUUCGUAUUCCGCUGCAUGUUACAACCAUCACAUCUCCGAGAAGGGGAUCUUCUUUACCUCUUCGACGAGCUCUGGAUUCACUGAGUCCGAAGCGCUCGAAGCUCUUUGGAGAGGCCAUGGCGAUGCGAUCGACCGCUGCGACGGAUUCAACUGUAGCAUCGGAUGUGGCCCAGGCAGCGCCAUAAUUAUCUAG